AUGAAAUCAUUCCGAGUACUUCCUGUAUUUAUUAUUGUUCUUUUGGCUGUAAUCAUUGCUCGAUAUUAUGUACCUGUUCAUGUACCCGGUCCAAUGGGACAUCCAUGGAAAUACAAAAUUGUAUCAGGUACUUUUGCAUUGAUACUUGAUCUUAGUCGUUUUCUUGAAUCUAUCAUUGGCAUUCCUCAUUAUACAAUUCUUAAUACAAUUAUUGAUUCUCUUGAUCCUUUUAAAAUACGUCCAUUUGAUCAUGGUGAAGUGUUGUAUCAUGAUCAAUACAUUGAAAAUGUUCUUGUACGAAUGUAUACACCAAAAAAUGUCUCUCACAUACCAUUAUCACCAGUGAUUAUAUUUUUUCAUGGUGGUGGAUUCUAUUUUGGAAGCAUUUAUUCACAUGAUACUAUGAAUUAUCAUUUAUCUAUGUAUACUGGUGCAAAAGUGAUUGCUGUAAAUUAUCGUUUAACACCUAGUGUUCAUUAUCCAACACCAAUUGAAGAAGGUGUAAAAGUAGCAAAAUAUGUUAUUGAUAAUUAUCAAGAAUUUGCUAUUGAUCCAGCAAAUGUUUUUCUGUGUGGUGAUUCAGCAGGUGGUAAUAUGGCUGUAGUUGUUGAAAGACAUCUACGUCGUGAACAAAAACCAGUUAUACGUGGUGUUCUUCUUCUUUAUCCUUUACUUCAACUUGUUCAUUAUCGUUUAUCAUCAUAUCUUACUUAUUUACCAUAUCGUCUUCUAUCAUUACUUCACGAAGAUUUGCUCGUACAAGUCGCUAAUUUCUAUAUUAAUACAUCAUUUACUGGUGAUGAACUUUUCACUAAUCAACAUUUAUCAUUAAAUGAUUAUAAAAAUUUCUAUUCAAAAUUGAAUUUACAAAUCUCAGACAGUGAUAAUGAUGAUAUUAGUAAAUAUCACUCAUCAUCAUCAUCGAAAUCAUCUCAUCCAGAUACUUGGAAAUUAUUUAAUGAAAAUAUUUCACCUUUAUUAGCUGAUGAUGACAUUCUACGUAAUAGUCCAUCCACAUUUAUUGUUGCUUGUACAUAUGAUAUACUUUUAUCUGAUGCUCAAUUAUAUUUUCGUCGUUUACAACAAUUAAAUGUUAAAAAUGUUAUUUAUAGAGAAUAUCGAAUAUUUCAUGGUGUUAUGACAUUUGUUGACUUUCCGGUUGCUUUUAACGAAGCUUUUGAUAUAAUUAAUGACAGUGCUCAAUUUGUAGUUAAUCGAACUGCUUUAGUCGAAUAA